GCUCUGGAAGCGCAGGGGAUUGAUGUGCUGCUCCUCCUGCUGUGCAGAUGUUACAGUGAUAUAGACUGUACAUGUAAUAUCUUUCUAUUAUUUUAUAUCUAUUAUAUGUCACACUUGCUGAGCUCCACCACUGGGACUUGGAUGGGGCUACAAACAUCUCCCUGCUGGCCACUCUGAAGGAUUUCUCCCCAGGAGUCUGGAUCUGGAAGGAGGGGGUAAUGAGCCCGUCCUGGGGAAGAAGAAGAAGAAGAUGCUGUGGUUGGCAGAAGUGAAACAUUAAAAAUCUGCAGAGGAACCAACAGAGGAACCAAGAGAACAAGAAGAAGGGUCAAAGCCUUUCUGCUGGAACGUCUGUCGGAGCCUUGGGGUUAGAGGCAAUUUGAAUGUGUAGCUGACUGGAGCCAGUAGGAAACACAAGGGGUUAAAGGCAAGAAGAAGCUUUGGAGGAACAGCAUGGAAGAGAAUGAGCAGAAUAACAGGGAAGUGGAACCGCAGCAGGAGUCAGGAGAAGAGUCCAACAGGGGGAUCCUUCAUCAGGCUCCUCCUGGGAACCACCAGCCCCAUCACAGGAUAACUAACUUCUUCAUUGACAACAUCCUACGGCCGGAGUUCGGGAGGAGAAAAGAAAGAAUAAACCACCAGGAUGAGCUCUUUACUGGGAGAGACACUGGGGCUUUGUCUGGGGCAGAGAGCGGCCACCACCGAGUCAAUGUCCCUGAGGGCGCAGGAGGCUCUUCCAAAGUCAUCACUGUUACUGGAGAGAAGAAAAGUGAUCUGGCGAUGGAAGAAACCUUAAAAUCCAGAGGACUUAAUGGAGACCAUUCCCUCAGCUCAGACUCUGAUAGUUCCCAAGCCAGCUCCAAAGCCACUCAAAAGCCUAUACUGUGGCCAGCCUGGGUCUACUGCACCAGAUAUUCAGACAGACCUUCAUCAGGUCCGAGAUCCCGAAAACCAAAGAAGAAGAGUGUCAGCAAAGAGGACAAGAGGCCCAGAACUGCCUUCACUGCUGAACAGCUUCAGAGGCUCAAGGCCGAGUUCCAAACUAACAGGUAUUUGACUGAGCAGAGGAGGCAAAGUCUGGCCCAGGAACUCGGUCUGAACGAAUCUCAGAUCAAAAUCUGGUUUCAGAAUAAACGAGCAAAGAUUAAAAAAUCCACAGGGAACAAAAAUUCCCUGGCCCUGCAUUUAAUGGCCCAAGGACUUUACAACCACGCGACCACUUCAAAGGACGGCAAAUCAGACAGCGAAUAGUAACGUUUCGGUAGCGCAAAGGCCUCGCAAUGCAAUAAAAAAGCCUGUGUAUAAAGAAUCUACCAGCAUUUGGCUUCGGAGUGUGUUUAUUGGGAUAAACCCGCAAUAUUCUAUGUAAAUAUCAUUUACAGACAAACAAACAAACAAAAGGAAAAAGUCGAAAAUAUGGACACAACUAUUUUUUCUUUGAUUUCAUUAUUAUUUUAUUUUGUUUAAUCCUUUCCAGUCCUUUUUUUUCCUGCCUUUAGAUUUUAUUUUAUACUAAACGAUGCUCGUGGAUGUCGGAGAGAAAAAAAAAUCAAAAAAAGUCAACCUUUUUUUUUUUUUUUGCUAAAGUCCAAAGAUGAAAUUGCUGCAUUUCGCACUACUGUGAAUUUAAUUAAAAAAAAAAGCUAAUAUUUGUUGUGGUUUUUUUUGUUUUUGUUAAUAUUUGAAACUUUUUGUUGUAAAAUAAAUCAAAGCAGGGGCAAUGUCCUGUCGCUGUUGUAAUUAAAGGUGUAUUUUAAUUGAUUUAAUUUUUUUGUUUUUAUAUGCAGAAAACAUUUUUUUUAUAGUUGUGCAGAAUAUGAUUUAUUUAUAUACACUGGCGGGGUGAUUUAUAGUUUUGCACUUAGUGUUUUUUUUUUAAAUGACAUAUUGGGGCAACUUUUUUUUUUAAAAAUGACAUAUUGGGCAACUUUUUUUUUUUUUGCUGACAAAUUGUAUUAUUUCCCAGAAAUUGAAGAUAUUGAAGCCUGACAGCUGCAUAUGUACUAGGAACUAGCAAACCAAACAUUUGCCAAUCACUGUCCCAAUAAAUGGUUAAUUUAUCCAAUCCACUUUCCCCUCCUACUAUGACGUAAUCCCCCCUUCCCCACUCUGCUGCACCCCCCUUCCCUGUUUAUGGAUCCCUCCUUUGCUUCCAACUUCCCUGAAUUUUAAAAAAAGACCCUGCAAAAAUAAUACAUGAGCCCAAUGAAUAAUGGAGAGGUUUAAAAUGAAUCAGGUCAAUGGACUACAGCUGAUUUGGGCCAUUUCUUUUGUAACAGUUCAUUUUUUUUUUAAAUAUAUUAAAGUUUUUUUUGUUUUUUAAAUCAAUCACCGAUUUCAUCGUAAAGAAUGUAAUAUUUAGCCUUGGACAGAAGUAAAACUUAAAAAUCAUGCAAAAGAACCUCUUUUCUCCAAUUCUAGGGGAACUUACUACAUUUAUUCUCUUACUGUAUAUGUACCAUUUGCCUUCUUUUAAUUGAUUUUUUUUUUUUUUAAAUUAAAAAACAUAAAAAGGAAAAAAAAAAAUCUGGCAAGACAAAGCCAGAAAUCUAAUGAUACAAUUAGUGUAAAUACAAUGUUUCCAACACUGGCAAUGUUUGUUUUCAUUUGAAUGUACAGAGAUGCAAAUAAUAAAUAUUUCCCCCUUUCUGAUUUUAAAAAUAAAC